GCAUGCUCAGAAAUCGCACCCAAUAUAUAAGUGACCCUCCUAGUGAAGAUCGUUCAAUACCAAUGUAAGCCAACAACAACGUUUCCCGUCUGCAACUCACCAGGGAGGGAGAGAACGACAGCGAGCGAGAAUGGACAGGAGGGCGUGCCCGUCCUUGCUCGUGCUCAUCAGCGUCCUACUCGCUCUGGCAGGCCCCGUCGCCGCGGGGCUGAAGGCCAUAUUCGCGGAGGGCGUGGGGGUCGCCGACACGGCGGUGGUGCGACGUCUGAUGACGACGAGGCUGGAGGAUGGCGUGGCGCCGGAGCUCACGGUCGAUCUGGAGCUGCACCGCCGCGUCCUAGCUGGCAGCUCCUUGAAACCAAGUGUGUUUACUCCAAACCGUCCGGCCUGCCCCCAGUCGUGCCCGGCGCGCGGGAGGCCGUACACCGGCCGGGGCUGCAACGCCAUAUACCAGUGCCCCCACGGGUAAGCAGCUUCUCAAGUGAUGAUCGCCACGGCCCACUGAUAGAUACAUUCGUGCUUGUUAAUCGUUUGUGUUGUGCAUUCGCUGGAUGGUCGUCUAUCGAAAUCUUGAUUGCUACUAGUUAGUAUAUAUAAUUAUGUAAUGUACGUACAACCCACAAACCCCCACAGAGAAUUUUUACGUGAUUGUAUCAGCAAAUAACUGAUCCAGUUCUUGGCAUCCUGUGAAGACCUUGCAAAGUUGAUAUAUGAAUUAAAUACUUUCUCUUGCUUCUUAA